UACUAUUAUCUGUUAAUAAUACUACUAUCCAAUUCAGUCUUUUGUGUCGCUGAGAAACAUGAGUUCCCAUCAAUAUCUGAAAAACUUCGUUCGUUCAAUAUUUUAGACACCAUAUUUUAUUUUAUCCAAUUUUUCAAUAGAUUAUAAAAUUAAUUUCGUAAAAAACUUCACGGCUAUACACGUGUCCCAUGCAUUUUCUCUGCCAAAGCGAGACUUGCUUAUAUAUUAAGCACAGUUAUAAAACCUACCAACGUAAAUUAUUUUUUUUUAAAUAUUGGAACGCAAAUGAGAUUUUUGUGAGCUUACCAAAUAAACCUUAACCUAUGAUAUGUAACACGUCAUCAAGGUUAUCUCGUUUUAUUUGGUCUUCGCCCACUGGGGUACUACCAGAACAUACAAUUUGUGUUAUCUAUUUUCUUGAAAUUAAAUAAUAUUUUUCUAUGAAUAAUAACCAUUGACCCUAGUUUAUUAGAUUGUGUCAGUGGUAUAUAGUUCAGUUCUUUCAGUAGAGUUAUUGCUGUAAGACGCUUCAACUACAAUAGUGUAGUCAGUGUAGUCAGUGUUUGAAAAAUGAUGUUCAUAUUAUUUUUGGGUAUUUUAUGCCCUGUGCUCAGUUAUGGAGGUCAAUUCCAUUGCAGUCAAGACUCUGCCUUGGUUAGCUUUAAGCGCCCGAUCUAUGACUUCUCGGUUGGCAUAUUAGAUCGUGUCUCACAGCAAACUGAUGGCCAUUUCGUUUUUUCUCCUAUAUCGACAUGGCUACAGUUAAUGACGCUUGCCGAAGGUGCAAAAGGGCCUACAGCAGAUGAAUUAUGGAAGGUAGCAAGAUAUCACAGAAUGAAAUGCUUCCGUAGAAAAUAUCGAGAAAUCCUUAAUUUAAUGGAUCUCAAACUAAUGCCAAUGACAAAAAGAUCCAGUACCAUCGUAGUAAAUAAAUUUUUAGAUGUGAAAAAAUCAUUUAGAAAUGAAGUGAUGAAAAGUAAGGAAACAAAAGUGCUUUCGCUAGACUUUGAUGAUCCAGCAGGUUCAGCUACAAAGGUUAACGAUAUUAUUGAAACAAAUAUGGAUGGAGUUAUUAAGGAGGGAUUAUAUCAAGAUGAUUUUAAUUUAACUAUGUUGUUAUUAGCCGACGCAGCGUACUUUAGAAGUGACUGGCAGGCACCAUUCAACCCAGUAUACACGUCAAAGGAAAUAUUCUACUCGGAAGAAAAUGUACCUAUAGGUGAUGUUAAACUGAUGACGCAAAUUGGAUAUUUCAACGUAACUGAUGUCCCAUAUGUGAAUGCUAGGAUCUUGGAACUACCUUUUAGCCCAGAAGGCAGAGUAUCAAUGUUUAUACUACUACCAAAGGUUGGUUCGGUAAAAGAUAUGUAUUACAAGAUGAAAGACAUUCGAUUGAUGACAAUAUACAGUUUAUUGAAACGAACAGGCCCAACAUUGGUGACCGUGAAAUUGCCACGGUUUAAAAUAACGACGAAUUUGGUAAAUAUACCUGAAUUAUUAUAUGAUAUGGGUGUUAAGAGAGUAUUUUACCCGAAUUUGGCUGAUUUAAGCGGGAUAAGUGAUUAUACUAUACAUGCUUCAAUAAUGACUCAAAUAGCUGAUAUAGAAAUAACAGAAAAAGGAGUCAAUGCUAGUUCUAUAGCUGAGUUUCUCAUAACCAAUCCGUACACAAACGAAGAAUUUGUCGCAAAUCGUCCUUUUGCUUAUUUAAUAGUUGAUAAGAAAACUGAUAUUAUUUUAUUCGCUGGUAUGUACAGUAAUCCGUCUAUAUAUUAAACUUGAACAAA